UUUACCACGGAAUAAGCAUAAACAGAAUUAUGACGGCUAGUUCUCAAGAUUCUCGAUAGAGCGCGCUUGUGUUCAGAUUUUGAUCACAUAAUAUUAUGAUACAGGCGCAGGCAGUUGACACACUCCCACCACCUUAGCACUAACACAUACUCAGGCGUGUUAGUGGUCUUUUGCGUACAAUCAUCGCAUGCUUGGAUGCUUGCCAAGACGUGCACUGUUGCCAAUCUGCCCUGUUGCCAAGUCACAAGUGGAAUGUUUUUAAUUUUCCAACUCGAUUCUGUCCACUGGUGCGGUGUUCAAUCACUAUAUUAGCACGCAUUCGUAGUUCAGCAGCAACAGCAGGCCUCUGCUCCCGGCAUCCUUCAGUCUCCCUUCUCGGCUUUAGGGGUUGAAUUUUCCGGCGCUCUCUAAAAGUUGUUGAGUAGUUAUUUUUAAAUACUGAAUAAUUUAUAAAUAAAAAUAUUUAUUAUAAAUAUUUUAAAAGUACUGUAGUUAUUUUUAAUGAGAAUUUUGUUAUGAAAAUACUUAAAUUCUGAAUAAGAUUAUGAAAAUUUUUAAAUUUAAAUCAAAUAAAUUAUAUUUUAAAUUCAAUUGAAAGUUAUUCUAGUUAUUAUAGCUUAGUCAUUGAUUUUCAAAGAUUUAUUAACUUUAAUUAUGUAGGCUUCCCAGAAUUUGAACAUACCUACUUUGAAUAAUUAUUAUAGUAACUAGUUUAAUUAAAAUAAAAUAGAAAAUCAUGUCGGGAAAUAGAUGCGCAUUUAGGAAAUGUUCCAACAGUCGUGCAAAAGUUAAAGGAUUGAAAAUGUUCUCCUUUCCCCGGGAUACUGACACAGCAAAGAUCUGGGUGAACAACUCAGGGAAUCCAGAACUGAUAGAAUUAUCACCAAAAUCACUUGGUAAAAAGGAGAUAUGCGAGCAACAUUUCCAACAGCAGGAUAUUUUACCCAGUGGACGUCUCAUGAGAGGUGCCUUUCCGCAAGUCUAUUGUGGCUCUGACAGUGCUCCGGGCCCAUCCACAACCAUUCACUCAUCUAGUCCAGCUUCUCCUCGUUUCAACAUAACAUUGGCGUCACCAAAGAAAUAUCCAGCAAAAAAAUCUGAGCUUCUACCAUCUCCAUCGGUGAGCACUUCUUCCGCAAAUUUUUCUAUUCAGAUGUCUCCUUCAGUACACAACUGGAUAGAGAGUGCUUCCCCAACACAAGGGACGGAUGUCAGAAGAUCACUUUUUACCACCCCAACCAAAUUUCAGAAGGAGUCUUACAUGAAAGUUAUUGAGAGACAACAAACUGAAAUCUCAAACAGAGUGGGACUACAAGAGCUGCUCAUCAACUGUCCUCAGCUCACAUCUCACCCAACAACUUCCAGAAGAUGUCUGUCUCUCUUGCAGCUCAAAUUUUUAGUCACACAACUGCAGCAGCGCUCAAAACUGCCAUUGCAACUGGCCAAUUGA